AUGCUUUUGAUUUUGUACAUACCAACACCACUUCUUCGUCGUUAUACCGAUGGCCAAUGUGUUAUGGAUUUUUCAUUCCCUUGGAUUCAAACGAAAGUAUUUCUUGAUUAUAUUGUGUAUUCAUGGGUUGUGUUUUCUUAUUUUGUUCCAGUUUUGGUCACAUUAGUUAGCCAUGCAUGGAUCAUACAUGUAUUAAAAAUAUCUAGCCCUUCUCAUCAAAAUUGCACUACACAAAAUUUUGAAGCUACUUUACAGAUACAGAAGAAAAUUAUUCAGUUAGUUAUCACAACAACAAUUAUGUCAUGUCAACUAGCUAUAUUACACUCAUUUGAAUGCAUAAGUCAAAUAUUAAUCGCAUGUGAAGUUGUGGUUUACACUUAUGGUACUCCGAUUGAACAAAUGGGUACAAUACUUAUAUUAUUGGGAUGUACGUUAAAUCCAUGUAUUCUCAUUUUCAGUACAGCUCCUUUGAGAAAACGUUUAUUAACAUCAGUUAAAAGUGUCACAGAGAGAAUUAGCAGCAUCGCGACAAUAGGAAAGCACACGGAAUCAUUAAUGCAAUGAUAUAUAUAAUAAAGAUUGACGAUCAUAUGUUAGCCAUAAUCUCUUUGACCUGUUUGGAUACAAAUCAAGGAAUAACACCUACCCAUUAAGUGUAUCGUGUUCUACAGAAAAGAUUCGGGUAUUUCAUAACGAUUAGUAACUCUCUGUAAUACUUCAAAAGAAUACCCAAAGCAAUUCAAGAUAAAAACAGAAUCUGUAACUUCUUUCGAACACUCAAUACAUAAAUAAUGCAAUCAGUAUUUAGGUUACCAUAUUUGUAUAGUUUAGUACACGGUAAAGCCUCUCAUUCAUAUAUAUGGAUUAUAAGAGAAACUGCAGGUAUUACCUUACACAAACUAUGCAAGUAUGCAACAAUAGUAAAUAUUAAAGGGAAAUACGGAACAACUCGUAUGGUUAUUGUCAUCGAAACAGCUAUAGUAUAGUGUUUGCCCUAGUGUUAUUUUCUAUUUCGCUUCCUUCUGUUGUUUCUUCGUUCUAUGAUUGUAAAUAUCUUGUUGAUCUAUAUUCUAUCAUAGACAUUUGUUAACUUAAAUUCUGAAUAAUGGUUUGAUUUCGAUCAAGACAAAAUUAACAAUUGUAUUCUAUUAGAUUUUAAAUAUUUUAGCAAAUAUCUACUCAACCCAUCCUAAAUUGUAUUAUAAUUACCAAUAAAGAUGAAAGAAUUUUAAUAUUCUUAAAUUGUGUUAUGGAAUCACAACAAGAAAGUUCAAUCCAAACAAUAUAUGAUAAUUACAACCGCAGACGUUGAAAGUUCAAUAUCAGCACAGUGCAUGUUUCGUUGUUUAAAAAAUUACAAAGGGAACAUUCAAAUUGUUCAAUAAUUGAACUAGUUACUAAUAACGUAUCUC